AAACACGGCAAAUUCUCAAACAGUCCGCGGUCGUCACCGCCGUCAAGACGCCCCGUACCGACGCUGACCCACGUGGAUAAGAUGCGAGAAAAAAAUUUUCAUGCGGGCAGCGGUCUACGUGUGGAAUAGGCCGCCUUUUCCUUAAAACUCUGUGUUCGUCAACAAUGCUGGAUAUCUUCCGUGGUCUCAAGUCGCUGAUAAGAGUGAGCCACAUACACAUAGACUCUCCCGUGUUCCGUUUACACUAUUCUCUGACCGUCCUCAUCCUGAUAGCCUUCAGUCUGAUCGUGACGACCAGGCAGUACGUGGGUAAUCCCAUAGAUUGCAUCCAUACCAAGGACAUACCCGAAGACGUCCUCAACACCUACUGCUGGAUCCACUCCACCUUCACCCUCGUGGAACCUACCCAAUCUCCAGGCAGAAGGGCUGGUUAUCCGGGAGUCAGCACCACGACCCAAGACAAGGAGAAGAAGCUGUACAGAUACUACCAAUGGGUCUGCUUCUGUUUGUUUUUCCAAGCUAUCCUCUUCUACACUCCAAGGUGGCUCUGGAAAUCAUGGGAAGGGGGCAAAAUUCACGCACUGAUGAUGGAUCUGGACGUUGGGGUGUGUUCGGAAAUAGAAAAGAAGCAAAAGAAGAAGCUCAUGAUAGACUAUCUCUGGGAGAAUCUUAGAUACAACAAUUGGUACGCCUACAAGUAUUAUUUUUGUGAGGUCUUGGCCUUGAUAAACGUUAUAGGCCAAAUGUUCCUGAUGGACAAGUUCUUCGAUGGCGCCUUCCUGACCUACGGACUGAGGGUGAUCGAAUUUUUGAACAGCGACGACGAGGAUCGCGCCGAUCCGAUGGUCGAAAUUUUCCCGAGGAUGACCAAGUGCACUUUUCGAAAGUUCGGUGUGUCGGGCGACCUCGAAAAACACGAUUCGCUAUGCAUAUUGCCGCUGAACGUGGUCAACGAGAAGAUUUACAUUUUUCUAUGGUUCUGGUUCAUCAUCUUGACCGUCCUCACCGUGCUGGUGCUCGUUUUCAGGGUGAUGAUUAUUUUCUCGCCGAGGAUGCGGGUGUACCUGCUCAGGAUGCGGUACAGGUUGAUCAGAAGCGACGCUGUCGAUUUGAUAGUGCGACGCAGCAAAAUGGGAGAUUGGUUUCUGUUUUACAUGCUCGGCGAGAAUGUGGACUCCGUCAUUUUUCGCGAUGUGCUGCACGAACUGGCCAACAAGUUGGCACGGCACAAUUUUCAUCAUAUAUCGGGUUUCAAAGGCGACAUGACAGAACCUUAACAUAGAAUAUUUCUCGAGAACUAGGUGAAUUUUUAUGGUCCAAUAUAAACCAUGAACGAUCGAUUCUAUGGUCAACCCAUAGAAUAAAUUCUCAAUCGAUACCCGUAAACAGAGAACUCGAAAACGUGGAUACAUUCGAUCGAAUUUUGUAACUUUUAUUACGAAUUUUCACGUUAUAUGUGGUGCAAAACAUUGUCAGACCUUACUCUGAAUAUCUUUGCUUCGAGAGAAUUGAACAAAUUGACAGUUUUAGAAGUAUUUUGUACAAUAUCGUGUAAGUGUUGGAUAUUAUACACCCAGAGUGCAAGUUUUCCAAGAUUACGAGCAACCUUGUGAUUUUGGCUGAUUUAGAAAUUGCUUUUUGUCCGACGUUCGGAAGUUACCAAACAUCGCGAAACUGAAUUUUUCCAAGAAAUAUUUAUCCAACUUGUAUUCUGUUAUUCCAUAAUGAAAAAUAGCAUUAUCAUUUUAUUCAGUAAAAAACUAUUUCAUAUUAGAGCUUAAAAUGACAAUAAAAUACACCAUAAAUAUCUCAAAAUAUCAACAUUAUCAAUCAUAACAAUAAAAAAUUCAAUUCAGUGAACGAAACACUGCCUUGUAUAGCACCUAUAAAUUAUUAAUUUUCCAUUUUGUUACAGCUACUUCUCGUCCUUUUUCCAUAUCUUUGUGAUGUAAGUUAUCAAUAAAGACAAAAAUAUGUAAAAUACUUUUAUGAAAUUUUAUAUUUUAAUAAACGUUUUUCACUCUUA